UCAAGUAUAGUUUCAAAUAGUGAUUCCCACAAACACAAACACAAUGAGAGCUUCUCUGCAACACUGGUGCUCUUCUUUUUGAUUCCCACUUCACGCCCUUCCUUUAUUUCAUCACUUUCAUUUUUCCUCUUGCACGUUGUUCUUACUUUCUCCAACACCAAUCAAUUGUUGCAGAAAGCUUUUUGUUUUUUUGAGUGUAAUCUCCAACUACCCAACUCAGAUCUCUAAGCAGAAAUGGUGGCAGAACCUUGGAUACUCAAGAUGGGAAACCAAGUAAGUAGCAAUCUUAAACACGCUCUCCUUCUUGAACCUUCUUCCAAGAAAAAAAAGAGCCCAAAAAGCCAUGAAGCUAAACACUUCAUUGGGAUUCUUUCUUUUGAAGUGGCUAAUGUCAUGUCAAAGACUAUUCAUUUACAUAAAUCUUUAACAGAUUCAGAGAUCUCCAAGCUGAAAGCUGAGAUCUUGAACUCUGAGGGGAUUAAGUACUUGGUUUCAACUGAUCAAAAUCAUCUUCUUCAGCUUGCUUUAGCUGAGAAGCUGGAUGACUUGAACCGGGUUGCUAGUGUUGUGUCCAGGUUAGGGAAGAAAUGUUGUGAACCAGCUUUACAAGGAUUUGAGCAUGUUUAUAAUGAUGUUAUGACUGGAGUUAUUGAUGUUAAAGAAUUGGGGUUUUUGGUUAAAGAUAUGGAGAGUAUGGUGAGGAAAAUGGAGAGGUUUGUGAAUGCAACUGCCAAUCUGUAUAGUGAAUUGGAGGUUUUGAAUGAGUUGGAACAAACGUCUAAGAAGUUUCAACAGAAUCAGCAUGAAGAAAGUCGUAGAGCGUUUGAGCAGAAAUUGAUUUGGCAGAAGCAGGAUGUGAGGCAUCUUAAGGAAAUUUCGCUUUGGAAUCAGACUUGUGAUAAGGUUGUUGAGUUGUUAGCUCGGACUGUUUGUACAAUUUAUGCUAGGAUUUGUGUUGUUUUUGGGGAGACUGCUUUAGAGAGGGACAUUCUUGGGUUGAGUGAGGAACAUUCUGUUGUGGUGAAGGAUGAAUGCAGACAGGUUUCGGGUCACGUCCAAGUGGUUUCAGGGCCAUUGAAACGGGGUCUCAGCAGGCGUAGUAGUAAUGGGUAUCAUUCAGGGUUAAUUGAGAAAGGUGGACUGGAAAAAAGGGAGAUUAGUUUGAAGUCUCGGAUUGACUCAAAGAGAGGUGAAGUAGCAUUUUGUCGAGUGAAUGACUUUAACGUUCCGUGUGGGGCUAGCCCUGGAAGGCUUUUUAUGGAGUGUCUUAGUUUAAGCAGUUCAGUUUCGAAGUUUGAUGAUGAUGGGAUUGAUUGUGAGGAACGAAGUAGUCAAAUUUCAGGCUGUUGCAGUGUUGGUAAUGGCAGUUUAAAGAGAGAGCCAAUUCAUUCUGGUUCUUUUGUCCGGAGUCAAAUCAGUGUUCCUUUCAGCGUAGAUCAGAGACAGUCUAUGUGUGGCGUGACAAACGGUGCUCAUUUUGCCCCCAAAAACAGAUUGACCGCAUAUGCUUCUCCCUCUACUGUGGGUGGUUCUGCUCUUGCCUUGCAUUAUGCAAAUGUCAUAAUUGUCAUAGAGAAGCUGCUUCGUUACCCUCAUUUAGUUGGCGAGGAAGCUAGGGAUGAUUUAUAUCAGAUGUUGCCUGCAAGCUUAAGAAUGUCUCUCAAGACUAAUCUCAAGUCUUACAUCAAAAAUUUGGCAAUAUAUGAUGCUCCACUUGCCCAUGAUUGGAAAGAGACCCUUGAUGGGAUACUGAAGUGGCUUGCCCCACUGGCUCAUAAUAUGAUCAGGUGGCAAAGUGAACGAAAUUUCGAGCAACAGCAAAUUGUGACGCGGACAAAUGUUCUGCUGCUGCAUACACUAUAUUUUGCUGACAGGAAAAAGACAGAAGCAGCCAUCUGUGAGCUCCUUGUUGGCUUGAAUUACAUAUGUCGCUACGAACAACAGCAAAAUGCCUUAUUAGACUGUGCCAGUAGUUUUGAUUUUGAGGACUGCAUGGAGUGGCAAUUACAGUAUGGCGCUUCUUAUUUGAAUUGAUUACAUUGUUGGAUGUGUAUACCUUAAAGAGUCAUGUAGAGCAUCUUCCUCCACUCCUGAUACUUGUAUGAAGACACAGAUGAUAAUUUAACAAAAUGUGAAUAUCUGAGCUUUGCACACACUAGAAUUUAUAUUAUUGAAGACCGGAGUUGAGUGAUGUAAUUUAUUGCAAGGUACGAGAAGUUUUGACUUCUGAAGUAUAUAAUUCCAGUUAUAUAUGGAAAAGAAGUGUAAUUCUUCUCUGUAGAAUGUGUUUAUAUUUCUGUUUAUAAUUGUUUUUUCUUCUGGAAAAAUAUGUGUUUUCUUUUUCUACAUUUAAUUCUUCUCUGUGGAAACACAUUGAUCCUCUGCUGGUGAUUGGUUCUUCUUGAUUGACUGCCUUAUACAAAACCGAUGUUGUAGAUAAGUAUUAUACUGUACCAAACUGAUGAAUGCUGUGGCUAAUAUAGACUUAAUUUUG